GUGAUUUCCCACCCUAAAACUCCAAACAAAAAUUCAAAAAUCACGAAUAACGCUUCAACAACUCAAUAAUUUCCCCAACAUUCAUCAUAACUUCACCCUGAAACGUUAUUUAUAUCAUGAAGAGAGGAAUUACCGACCCCAGCGAACCGCAAUCCCAACAAAACUGAAUUUACACUUCCAUUUUCACGAGUUUUUUGUCUCUCUCUCAGCAGUCAUGUCCCUGUCGUCGCAACGGCGUGUCGUGACUCCCAAGUGCCAGACGGUAUUUACGUCGAGGUCAAUAAAUUAUCGAAGACACGAAUGAGUGCGGAGACAGAAUAGAAUUGAGCAAAACAGAACAGAACGGAACAAGUGAGUGAGUGAGAGAACUUUUCAUUCGAUUUUGUGAUUUGUUGUCCCCGGAUUUUCAAUUCAAUCCGGAGUUUUUCGGCUUCUGGAGGGUUUAUGCGAACCACAGACGUCACGUGACAAUUAUCGAGUAAAAUGGUCCGUCAGGGGCUGGAGCGCAGUCCCAGUUCAUCGUCCCUGCGCUCGGGGUCAGUCACAACUCCGACAUCUGGGACUCGUGCACCGGUAACAUCCCCCACGAGUCCUGCCUCCCCUCUGUCACCAGGACUAAAUGGCACAUCUAGGAGUGUAGAGUUGACCUCGCCAACCUCCCCUAACGACUCUCGCAUACCCCGACCAUCCCCAACUGCUCUGCGUCGUUCCUCGAGCAUGCGCGUACGUGGGGAACGCGUGUAUCAUCAUCACUCACGCACUGGAACACUUGGCUCGAGUACAAUUCAGGGGUAUCAUCAGAGGCACAGCGGUGGAUUGCAACAGUAUCAACCGGAUUUAUUUCCCGCAAUCACGGAGAAUGGAGUUGACUCACCGAGACACCGAUCACUCAGUCUAUCACUGACACCAGCAAGGCCGCGUCCCCAUCACGCGGCGAAUUCCACCCUCCCGAACGACGACAGUGACCUAGACAGUUUAAAGAGUUACGGUAGUGCAUGCAGUACAGCAAGUGCCUGUGAUCACGCACACUUCGCCCUGAAUGGCACAACCUGGUCGGGACGAAGCCGAAAGUAUGUGGUUCACUGCUCCAAUCAGAGUGGCGAUAGCGGAGAGUACCUGACACCCACCCAGAGGGCAGCGAAGCAGAUUAGAAGGUACCAGACACUGCUCAACGAUGCGAAAAAGGAGAUCGACGAGAAGGACCGAGAAAUUUUGAGACUGACGAAGGAAGUUGUUGAACUGAGACUCUACAAAGCCUCUCUGAACAGCCCCGACGAGAGGACUGACUCCAGUGAUGCCUUAACUGUCAAGGAGAACAACCCCUUCUCACCCGAGAGUCCCUGCAAGGAUCUUCCUGAGGAGAAUGGGGAGAAGAGCCCCAGGUCCCCUGGAACCCCCGAGAAGAGGGUUGAGACUGAUUUGACACUCUCUCUCGCUGAUUCUGGACACUUCGAGGAUGAGUCCAUUCACUCUAAGGAAGAGGGCGGGGGGAUUUGUGAGGCUGGGAGGGUGGAGGCAGUUGAUGGCAAGAGGGAAGGAAACGAAGAGGAGAGGAGGAAGAUUGUGGGCCUCUACGAGGGGAGAAUCGAGGAGAUGCACAGGAGACAUGUGGAUGAGGUGCAGGAGAUCAAGCAGAAGCAUAAUGAUAAGGUUGAGAGUCUACUAAAUCAAUUGCAAGACGUGAAUACUCGUUACUGUGAACUACGUCCGUCCAUGGAUGCGGCUCUGGCGAGGGUGAAGGAGCUUGAGGAAGAGCUGGAGAUCACUAAGGCACAAUUGAGUGAGCAGAUGACACUUUUAGACGAGCAGGAGGAGAGGAAUAAGCAAAUGUACCUGAAAAUGUAUGCCAAAGGGCAGGAAGCUGCUAGGUUGGAGCAGGCAGAUCAGAUAUUUGAGCACGCCCAGCAAGACCCACCCAAAGUAACUGUAGCUGAAUUAUUACAACAAUUGAGCGUCACUCAAGCUGAAUUGGAGAACAUAAAGGGUACAAGCUACUUGCCACAACUUCACCUUUCAGCAGAUCGUAGCCAAUGUUUAUUAAGCGCUCAGGAGGCUGUUUCUCUCUGGGUCCUUGCCACACGUAAGGCGAUGUACCGAAGAAUCGUCGAGUCAAGGAAGAAAGGAACCCUCGAUCCCGAGAUAACCCUUCAGUUCCUGAAAUCCGCUAUCUACUACUUCCUGACUGACAAGGAGAAUCAUCACGGCCACCUGAACGCCAUUGAGAGUAUCCUCGGCUUCACCGACAACGAGAAACUUCAUAUCGAUAAGAUAUAUCGAUCAGCAAGAAAAUAAUCCCUCAUUGUCAACCGCAAACCCAUCGAUUCCCUCCAUUUUCAGUAAUUUCAAAACAAUUCUCUCAGAAAAGAGAUCAAUACAGCAGUCGAUUUUUCCAACAAAUUCACUUAAAUCUCGAUAUCUCGAGAACCCGAAGUGAUCGACGAUUGAAAAUGGUCUUAUCAGAUGCCCAGGGAAAUUUCCGAUUCCGAACUCUUGUCAUGAACCCAUUUUGCCCCAUUGUUGUUUAGAAGCCAGCUAAAAUACGUUUUCAACCCCUAGAGACAUUUUCUCCGUAAUCUCUGGAAAUUGUGGGGAAAAAUGGGUUCAUGACCAGGGUUUGGAACCGGAAAUUUCCCCGCUUUUCAAUGAGCCCACCCCCACCUCCGGAUCUUUUCCAGUUCCUAAGAAAAUUAAAAUGAAAGAUGAGAAGGGAAUCCCAAAAAUUUAGAGAAGUGAAUUUUUUCGUUUUUCCGAGGAAAAAAAUAACAAUUACAAAGGGUAAUGAGUAAUUUUGCUUGCUGUUACCCGUCUUGCCCCCCCCUGAAGUAUGCUACAAUGACCAGAGCUUAUCAAUGGACUGAUUACAGGUGGAAAUUGUAGGGGAAUUGCUUAAACAAUGGGAAAAACAGUGAAAUUCCACGUUUUAAAGAUUUUUGUUGUGAAUGCAUUUUAGUUCAAUUUAUUUAAUUAAUUGAUUAUAAUUACACACUUCCUGCAGAUGGCUCAUUGCUGACUUUAUUUUUUGUUAUUAUCGCCAAUCGGCCGAUUAAUUAUGCAGUUAAUUAAUCAGUCGAUUGAGAAAUUCCUGGAUUAUUUUGUUUAAUUCAUUUCGCGAAUUAAAUUUUCAUGAAAUUCCUAGGGAUUCAGAGCCACUUCCUAAUUUAUUAAUUGAUAGUAUUCAAAAUGAAAAUGGUCUCAUCAGAUGCCCAGGGAAAUUUCCGAUUCCGAACUCUUGUCACGAACCCAUUUUGCCCCAUUGUUGUUUAGAAGCCAGCAAAAAAUACGUUUUCAACCCCUAGAGACAUUUUCUCCGUAAUCUCUGGAAAUUGUGGGGCAAAAUGGGUUCAUGACCAGGGUUUGUAACCGGAAAUUUCCCCGCUUUUCAAUGAGCCCACCCCCACCUCCGGAUCUUUUCCAGUUCCUGAGAAAAUUAAA